AUGUCUGAUCAGCGUGAAUCCUACCAACCUCCUGCCGGUGGCGCUGGGCGUUCUUACGCUGGUGCUUCAGCUGCUUCAGGGACUAUGCAUUACCUCUGCGCUGAGUGUGGAGUGAAGGUUGCAAUCAACAAGGGCGAGCCUAUUCGAUGCAAAGAGUGCGGCCAUCGCAUUCUUUACAAGCAAAGGACCAAACGUAUGGUUCAAUUCGAGGCGCGAUAG